AUGUCUGCCACGAACGGAACUACGAUCCCAUCUUGGAGUCUCGAGGGCAAGGUCGCCCUCGUGACUGGCUCUGGCCGCGGCAUCGGCAAGGAGAUGGCCCUUGAGCUUGCCCGCCGUGGUGCGGAUGUCGUUGUCAACUACGCCAAUUCAUCAGAGGCUGCCGACCAAGUCUGCGAGCAGAUCAAGAAGAUGGGCCGCCGCUCAGUCGCCAUCAAGGCCAACGUCGCCAACGUCGACGACAUCGUCCGCAUGUUUGAGGAGGCCAAGGCGGCCAUGGGCAAGCUUCACAUCGUCUCUUCAAAUUCAGGUGUUGUGUCUUUUGGCCACAUGAAGGACGUCACCCCAGAGGAGUACGACCGCGUUUUCAACAUCAACACCCGCGGUCAAUUCUUCGUCGCACGAGAAGCGUACAAGCACCUGGAAGUUGGCGGCCGUAUCAUUCUUAUGGGAUCCAUCACCGGGCAGGCUAAGGGAGUUCCAAAGCACGCCGUCUACUCUGGCAGCAAGGGUGCGAUCGAAACCUUCACUCGAUGCUUCGCCAUCGAUGCCGGAGACAAGAAGAUCACGGUCAACUGCGUUGCUCCGGGUGGCAUCAAAACCGACAUGUACCAUGCCGUAUGCAAGGAGUACAUUCCGGGCGGUGACAAGAUGAACAACGCUCAGAUCGAUGAAUAUGCCGCCACCUGGUCGCCGCACAAUCGUGUCGGGCAGCCAAUCGAUAUCGCUCGCGUUGUUGCCUUCCUCGCAUCGGAAGAUGGCGAGUGGGUCAACGGCAAGGUCAUUGGCAUUGACGGGUAA